GUGAUUUUGUGAGACGGAUCCAAACAACGGAAGUUAAAGAAACUCUGAGAAAGAUGGGACAGAAGAAAACAGUGGAUCUAGAUGGCAUACCGAUCGAGGCUUGGAGAAGUUUGGGGGAGAGAGGCGUCAAGUGGUUAACAAGUUUCUUCAACAUGAUUUGGAGAAACAAGAUGCCAACGAGUUGGAGGAAGAGUACUCUUAUCUCCUUAUUUAAGAAUAAAGGUGAUGUACAAGAAUGUGUCAACUAUCGAAGAAUUAAGCUUAUAAGUCACACUAUAAAACUUUGGGAGCGAGUGAUUCAGCAAAGACUUCGAAGAACUCGUAUCAUCUUUUUUCCUUGUUUUUUAUCCUUAUAUAUAUAAGCAUUAUUUUUAUCCUUUUAUUCUAUCAUUUUUAUGUAUAUUCAUCUCUUUUUAUAUUAUCUUUUAAUAAUAGCUUAUCUUUUUUAUCUUUAUGUUCUUUCUUUUCUUUUUGGUGGUGAUAUCAUGUCUCUAUAUUACCCUUUCUGUUUUCUUUCUUGAACCCACAAAAUAUCUAAUAGGAGUAUAGGACACGUAAUUUAGAAAGGAGUGAUAAUAUUUAAGGCAAAACUUAAGUAAAUAUAUCAAAAGAGAAAAUUAGUAUACUUGUUUUUCUAUAUUUUUCAUCUUACCCCUUACUUUAUUACAUUUCAUAUAUCAUUCACUACAUCCAUAGCUUUAUUUUAAACUCCAAUAAAAGUCUAGAACAACACCAAAAUCAACAUAAUGCCAUAGUCAUGAAAAUAUUUAGAUGUUUUGUGACACUUAGAUUUUAGUUAGCUACGUAACUUUUUAUGUCUAAAACUCAUACAUUGUGAGAUUACCGUGCCUAGUGAGAGGUCUUGAGUUCGAAACCCGCUAGGCACGUAAAGGUUUGAAAGUCAAUGUAGCGAGUUUCAACCCUGAUUAUUCCCCCAAUCCCC